UCAGUCCAGCAGCAGCCCAGCACAGCUCAGCGGAGCUCCUGUACUCCUUGAGGCUCCCAGAUGCAGGCAGAGAAAUUCUAAGAAAACGGCUUUUUAAAUUUUCGGAUAAAUAUUAAGGAUUACAAUUUUCUGGAGUUGGGCUUCAGUUUUUUAUCAUGAAAGGACAACUUCUGAAGUUUUUCGGCCUCAUGCCACAACUCUAAAUUGAAUGCUUUAUUGAGUCAGUGCUUCUAUUUAUUUUCUUUGGGUAUUUCUAACCUUGGACAAAUGGACUGAUCCGAAGUUUUAUUUUUAUUCUAUUGGUACAAUGAGCGGUGCUUAUUGGAUUCAUCUUCACCCGUGGAAUUAAGUUGUUUCAGAGAUUUAAUGUUAUAUUUUGCAGAGAUUAUGGCAUUUUGUUUGCGGAUUCGCAUUUUUACAGCUUUUGUCUCCUUUAUUAAGGUUUAUGCUCAAGUGGCGCAAGCUCAGAAGCAUCCAGGCCUGGAGGUGUUGGACACGGCCUCGCAUUACUGGCCGCUGGAUGCAGUGGAAGGAAUCCAUGAACUGUGGGAUCAUAAUGGAAACAGAUCAGGUUAUAUUAACGGAAGCAACAUAAACAUUGUUGAAGGAAUGGUUAACAAGGGCAUCUUUCUGAAUGGAGAUAACGGUGGCACCUUUCUUCACUUUGGAAACUACCAGAACACGUGCAUUAGUGACCCUAAUUUAUGUGGUCCUGAGGGCAUUACCUUCUCCUUUUUUUGGAAAAACCACGAGUCAGCCUCCCGCUUUGCUGUCGCUUCUGGAGGAAAAGUUAUCUCCAAUGGCUUCUCAGUCUACACAAACCCUUUAGGAGGAUAUGUGGAGUUUUACACUCGUAGCAACAAGCACAGAUGGCGGGCCAACAUCGACGUUCCAGGGCCAUACUGGACCCACAUCCUCUUUACAUGGACUAAGAAAGAUGGCCUGAAGGUCUACAUCAAUGCGACUCUAACUGCUGAGAACAAAAACGGAAGCAUCUCAGAGGAAACUUAUGGAGACCCCUACCCUGACCUCGUCAUUGGAACUGCCAACAAUAAGGGAUAUAGUCACUAUGUAACAGGAGCCUUUGAUGAAUUCGUCAUCUGGGAAAGGGCCCUUUCACCUGAGAACAUCUCACUCUACUACAAUGCAACUAUAGCUUGGGACAUGGUUUCUAAAACAACACCUAGAAUCUCCAAGGAAGUGAUCUCAACUACGCCAAUGGCCAGAGCCGCUGAUAUGAGUCCCCCUGUCAUCAGCAGUCUCCAGGAGGAGCGCCGACCCACAGACUUCUUGCCAGUGCAGAGUUUCCUGAAGACGCUGCCCAAUGGAACCAUUUCUCGUGAUACUGCGAACAACCUCACACAGGGAUUGCUCAAAAGUGUGGAAGAAGUGCUGUCUUUUCCUGGACUGACAGAGCAGCAGUCCACCCCUGUGGUCAGCGGACUGGUCAAGACAGUGGACAGAGUGAUGGAACAUGUAGUGACUAACCUGGAGGACAGCCCGAACUCUCUCAUCUCCCUGGAUGGAACAUCUUUUGUUGCAGAUUACUCUCUGAUGAAACUCCCACAGAAUUUUGAGCUGUCACAUUACCGCUUCCCCACAGAAGGCAAGAGCUACAUCUCUGUGCCUGGAGAGGCGUUCGCAAUGGAGUCUCAAACCACCAUUGUUGGCCUUUUUUAUCACAACAUGCACAGCUACUACAAAGAGAUCAGCCCUGUGAAGACCAGGAUUAAUGAAGCAGCUGAUUACAAGGAUCACAAAAUCCAUGUAGCAAGCUGUCUGAUUUCUUUGAAAGUGGAGCCUCUGCCAGCCCUGUCGGUCAACCUUUCUGGAGCGCCACUCAUAAAGAUUGUGCUCACCCAUGUUUUGACUAAAGAGCAACAGGACCAAGUACAGAAUCAGAGCAAUAAAGUCUUCCUCUACUGUGCCUUCUUGGACUACAGUUCUAAAGAGGGAGUAUGGUCCAACAAAGGCUGCGUGCGCGCACAUGGAAACAUGACGUACUCCGUGUGUUUGUGCAACCACCUUACCAACUUCGCCAUCCUCAUGCAAGUUGUGCCCUUAAAGAUUUCUACUGGCCACAAGGUGGCACUAUCAACCAUCGGUUACGUUGGCUGCUCUAUUUCCAUCUUCUGCCUUGCCAUCACUCUGGUCACCUUUGCAGUCUUAUCGUCAGUGAGUACCAUCCGUAACCAGCGCUACCACAUCCACGCCAACCUCUCCUUCGCCAUCCUGGUGGCAGAGAUCUUACUGCUGAUCAGCGCUCGCUUUGACCCUGGCACGCUGCCAUGUAAGGUUAUGGCUGUCCUGCUACACUUCUUCUUUCUGAGUGCUUUUGCCUGGAUGUUGGUGGAGGGCCUUCACCUGUACAGUAUGGUGGUCAAGGUGUUCGGCUCUGAAGACAGCAAACACUUCUACUACUAUGGCAUUGGCUGGGGUUCUCCGUUCUUGAUCUGUGUCGUGUCCAUGACAUCAGCACUUGACAGUUAUGGAAAAGUUGAUAACUGCUGGCUGUCACUGCAGAACGGAGCCAUCUGGGCAUUUGUGGCACCGGCUCUUUUUGUGAUUGUGGUAAACAUUGGCAUUCUGAUAUCCGUGACCAGGAUCAUAUCUCGAAUCAGCGGAGAGAAUUACAAGGUUCAUGGAGACGCCAAUGCAGUCAAGCUGACCAUAAAGGCAGUAGCUGUGCUUCUGCCUAUACUUGGCAUUUCCUGGAUCUUUGGUGUUCUCGUGGUCAACACACAGUCUUUGCCAUUCCUUUAUAUAUUUGCAGUUUUCAACUCAUUACAAGGGUUCUUUGUCUUCUUAUUUCACUGUCUUCUCAACUCUGAGGUCAGAGCUGCUUUCAAACACAAAACCAAGGUCUGGUCUCUUACCAGCAGCUCCAUCCGAAACAUUAAUGUGAAGCCCUUCAACUCUGACAUAAUGAAUGGACACAAGGAGGGUGUAACUCCCACCAAGAUGAACACAUGGGACAAGAGCACCAACUCAGCCAACCGCAUUGACCUCUCUGCCGUGUAGAACCCCACAUCACUAUUUCCGCCUGUGGUGGGAGAGCAGUCUGAAGCCCCCAGAGUGUCCUCCCACGUUAUUAUGUAAUGAAUUGGACAGUGGUCUGCUUAAGUUAAAAAUGUCACCAAAAGAGGUGUUUUGUAGCUACGCGAUAGCUUCAUCUUUAAAGACAAACAGAUUCUUAGGACUGUGCCUUACUAUCCACUCAAAAUAACAUGCCGCGUUCCCAAAAAGAAAACCAGAAGGAGAAAGAAGGAUCUGUGAAGUUAUUAGAAAGAUCCAUGAGCGUAGCUCGAGGCCUGAUGAUGAAACUCUGUAGUGUAGCAUGUCAGCUUGUCUACCUGCAUACUGUACUGUAGAUAGGGGAGCUAGGGUUAGAUGGCACAGCUUUUAUGUAUGUUUAGUACAUAUGUAGAAUGAAAAAAGGAAGUUAUUUUUGAUGCCAAGGGUGUACUUACUGUUCGCACUCAAAGAGUAACAUUUAUUAAUAUUUUUUAUGACAAGAAAGAAAGAAAUAAUUGAAAAUAUUAACAUUAUCUCUGGGCAUCGAAUGUUGUUUUCAAAAAUUUCAGAAUCUCUGUUGGUUGUACUUAUUUUUUCUACAACUCCACAAAGUUAUCUCCACCUACUAGCUAGCUAGCAUAGCUUAGCACAAAAAACGGGAAGCUAGCUAGCUUGGACAAAGGAGACGAAAUUCACCUACCAGACACCACUAAUGAGGCUCAUUUGUUAAAUAUGUACAAAAACAGAUGUAAAAAUAACAAGCUGUAGCUUUACAGUCAUGUGCCAGAUUAGCGGCAUCCGUCUUUCUGACGAAUCUGUGCUCUGCCAGACUAGUUUGCUGCUGUUUAGCUGUAGACUCAAGAGCAGUGGUGUCUAAUCUUUUUAUGUAACUCUUGGCAAGAAAGCAAACGAGCUUAUCUUCCAAAAUGUCAACCUGUUUAUUUGAAUCACAGGGACGUGCUUAUCAUAGCCUAAGCUGUCUCACAUGAUAAAAUAGUGCAAUUACAUCCAAUGAAACGCAGUAAUAGGCUAAGUAUUUUCAAGAUAUAGCUGAGUAAAAAACAAAACCAUGCCAUCGGAUAGAAAAAGACCAAGGAAAGUUUCUGUUUUCCUUUAACUUAGUGUUAUAUUUAUGUUUUAAAAACUAUGACAAAGUGGUUUGACCAACAGGCAACAGAAUUCAUCAUCAUAAGGGACACAUUGUAAAUUUUAUCUAGGUGAAACCUUUUUUAUAUUCACAUGAUAAACACAGUUUUAAUUCAGUUCUGGUGAUGGCACAACACAAUAACGGCAUAAUAACCAUGGAUGAUGUAAAAGUGGAUUAGAAUCUUAUAACGUAUUUAUUUAUUUUGUGAAUCUGAAUUUAUCUUUAUCUUGUCUUCUGCAAAGUGUCACAGCUCAACAAUCAGUAUGUUCUUAUGUUAAAUUUGUGUGUCUGUUACUGUUUAAAAUGAAUAAAAUGAAUUGACUGGCACAGUUGCAGUACCUCACAUCUUAGUAAGCUGCCAUAUAUUAUUUUUUUCAUGGAAUAAUGAAGACUAGUUGUGUAUCGAACACCGUUCUGUGAAGUUUUGAUUUCGUGUUUAGCCUCGUCUGUUGCUAUUUCUUCUAUAACAGAGGGACUGGAUAAGGUUAUUGCUUUUUUUUUUCUUACUAUACUGUGAGAAUUAGGGGAGAUCACAUUAUUUAAAACAUCAUCGAUCUUACACUGAGACAUCAAUAAGUUUCCUAGAAUAGGAUUUACUGUAAGUCACAGAUUUAAAAUGAAAUAUUUCAGAACUCCCAAGCAUGUUUGUGAUCUUUGAUGUUUGUUGUCUUACGGUACUAUGGUUUGAGCUUUCGGUUAUCUUUAUUAAAAACCUUUUAGUAUAAGAAAUCAGUGUGUACUUAAAUAAAUGAUUUUCAGCAUUAUAAAAACAUAUUUAUAUGACUUAUG